CCCACCCGCGCACACUCCAAGUCGCUGACCUCUCACCUCAUCAUUAUUCACGUUCCCAGUGAUUACGCGCACUCCCACACUCUGCCACGCUCGUCCGCACCUUCCCCUUCCCCCUGUUCUGCCUUCACUUGUCUGAACCCACCCCCGUCCUUCCUUCCUCGUCUUUCUUCCCUACUCUUUCCCACUCCAACUCUCCUCUCCUCUCCGUCACCCUCUAAACCCACCGUUUCUCUCCCCUCUCGUCGCAGGCAGCGCUCUUAAUUGAGCGACUCAUCUCCACUCGCAGCGCCUUCAUCUUCAGCGUCCUCUUUUUUCCACAGCGCUGGUUGUCGGCACCGGUCGGUUGAUUCGUCCGUCGUUGCGUGUGUGUGUGCGUGUGCGUGCGUGUGUGUGGCCUUCGCAGACUUGAUCCGCUUUCUUGGUCAGUCAGCUUCACCUCCCAAAAAAAACCCACCGAAACAGGCCUACCACUUUCAUCGCCACCUCGCGAUUCUGUCAUCAGCCAACCGCCUCGCUUCCGCACCUCGGGUCGGUUCAUACUUUCGCUGCAGCCUACGGCACCGAGACUGUGUCUUGCGUGUUCGGACCGCGUGUGCGUGUGUGCGUCUUGACUUUUGGUCCACCCUAAAAGGCAGACUAAACCGUCCACACGCACACACUCAGCUCAUCCCCUUCCGGCUGUUUUUCCCACACCCAAAACCUGCUUCUCUCAUCAAACCACUUCUCGACGUCCAGAUCCUGCUCCUUGCACAGUCUCGCGGCAUCGAGCUGCACUGUCUACUUCGGCCUACGCGUCAAUCUCCAAUUCCCGGAUCACGGUCGCCUUUGUCCGGUGCAACGACCUAUUAACUUAGCAUCGUUGCCGUCGACCUCGACCACCUCCACGGCAAACGUCCUUCAUCCCAAUCCUCACACGAGGAAUACGUGUUUUUGUGGCGCCCGUCGUCAUACACACGACCUGCUCACGCGCUGCCGUUUCUCUGACGCGGUGCUUCCAACUCUUGUCGUGGAGUAGCUUUUCUCUCUCCAGUCAACGCCAGCCCUGGGACACGUCGCCUCGUCCGCGCGGUCGCACCCAGCUACGUUCUAGCACUUGCCCUUUUCACCCGCUUUUAACGUCAUUACGCCCAAUCUCGUACCCCGGAUGACAACGACCUGCUAAGUGCUUUGACUUCGUCCGUCAAAGGGCUUUCGCUCUCCAUCCCACGGUUGGAGGUGAAGGGAACGGGCUUUCAAAGCCGUUUCUUUCGCUUCUAACGACUGCGACACUACUCAGUCAUGCCGUCCUUCUACAACAACCGGCACAUGCCGCUCACACCACCGGAGUACAGCACAGGCUUCCAUAGCAGCCACUGUUCAGGCAUGCCGUACCAGCCUCACGGUUACGGUGCGCAGCAGUUUGGACGCCAGGAUGAGAUGAUGUACGACUAUGCCGGCCGCUAUGUACGUGCCAGUGCCGCAGUUCAUCCGCAACAGGGCUAUGCGUCGUCGGUAGGUGUGCAGUCUAUCGGUCGGUACAACGACGGCAUGGGUGUCACUCUCCCGCCAGUUCGCUCUCUGGACCAGUCUGUGCCCAUUGACGUUUACCAGCAGCCUCCGCCAUACCGGUAUCACGAGCAGCGGUCACAGCAGAAACAGAAGGAUGAAAAGCCUGUUGGCGGCGUCUCCGCUAAGCUGGACUAUGACAUGGAAGAGAUGACGGAUUUCGUCACGGAAAAAGCUCAACAAUUGGUUCAGUCGAGCAGACCCAGUCAUACCGCCUUUCGUGCGUGGGUCAACAGUGUGCUGUGCGCCACUCGUCUCCCAUCAGCAACCAUUGUGCUUAGCUUGCAUUAUCUUUCCGGUCACAUGGCUCGCCUCGCUGCAACGUCGCAGCCAAACCAUUCUGAGAACUUCAUUUAUCGCCUUCUGACUGUUGCGCUGAUCAUGGGCAGCAAGUUCCUCGAUGACAAUACCUUCAUCAAUCGUUCCUGGGCGGAUGUCAGUGGCAUAGACAUCCGAACGUUGAAUCAGAUGGAGCGAGAGUGGCUGGCCGAGUUGGAUUGGAAGCUCCACAUCGACCCAGCCGAGCACAAUGGUUUCAACGCUUGGAUGCAGCACUGGAAGGACUACGAGAAGACCAGACUGGAUCGUGGCGCUCAGUCUCUCAAACUCAGUCCCAUUGAUACCAACGUCCAGCACCACUCCCCGGCGCACAAGCCCUUCUCACCCCCGUCAGCCAUCAUGGGUUACACUCCUAUGUCUGGUAUGGAGUACAAUGCUCGGCCGUUCCCCACCAACCACCACACACCUGUCUACACACCGUUUGACCCAUGGCUAAUCAGGCGGUCUGCGCACGACAGCUCGCCAAGUUCCGCACCACACACGGGACCGACUACGCCGGAGUACUACGGUGGUCCUGGCACUUGGGCACCGAUUGACGGCUCUGCGUACUCAUACUCUAGAAGAGGAUAUCAGAUUAAUUCCAUGCCGCAGCCUCUGAAUGCCCCCUAUACUCCGUUCACUCCAACAUACAACCAGCAAAACCCUUGGACUGGACACAGCAUUCACUGCAACUGUGGUCAUUGCUCACGUCAACAGGUUCCGUAUUGGGUUGGCCCUCACUACUGCCAGCAGUCCGUGAUGGCCUAGACGUUCUUCUCAUUUGCGUGGACAUCCGCUUCCUCCACAAUGCCCAUGGCUUGGUUCUGACCUUUUUUUCUCUUCUGCGCCUACUCGCCAGUGUUUCGUUUGCUCCAAUACCUAAAAGUUUAUCUGGGGAGAAAAGUGGUUUCGCCACCUAUCCAAACACUUCUAAUACUUCAAAGUCUAUACUUCGCGACCAUUGUUCGGCAAAACAUCGCGGCACAUACCACACGAGGCGGGCCAUUAGAAAUUUUUCACGGCUGUUUUAUUUUUUUUCACUUCGAACGACCCCUGCAUUUGUUCAAUUCACCGGAUAGACCACUUUUUCAAUUUUCAAACAUCAAAGGGAUCAGCGGGUUUAACGGGCGUUUGGGCUCGGGUUUGAAUUUCGCUCUCGUCACAUUCGACUUUUACGACUCCUUUCCGGGAAGAAGUCUCUGCACCGCAUGCCUUGCGUGGCGUGGACUUCGAGAUUCUCCGCACGGUGCUCUUGGGUCAUGGCCGCAAUUUGGGUAUCUGCCGAGCCGCUCGUGGCUGCAUUGCGCGUUUUUUUUUUCGUGCAGAAACUCGGCUCCCUCUCGGCUAUUGGUUGAUGCCGCGCAGACGUUCGGCCCACCACACGUUCAUACUCAACACUCGCACCCAUGCGACGCAUCGAAGUCGGAAAAUCGGCGCUCACACUUGCCAAGAUGUCGAACCAACAUCCCAUUGAUGCUUCUUGGCAUCUCUUUCUCCGACGACGAAAUAACAAACAUCUUCGGGUUCUUUACGGUCACGCUUUUUCUGCAUUUAGAUGGGAUGCAUUCACGGGAAUUUGCUCUUUUUUUAUCUUUCUUAUCUGCGUGGAAAUUAUUUUCGCUCUUGUCGCCUUCUAUAUCUUCUUCGAGAUAUCACGAUUCGAUCCGAAGAAAGUGCGGCAGAAGGAUACACCAGAUCUUCGAGAUCCAGUUCUUACGAUGUCUUAACGGGUUACUUACGGGAAAAAAACUUCGUCUUCUAUGUAAUUGGGUUGAGGCCUAACAAACCUAAGAUAAGAGCACUAGUCUCAAGUGUUUUCUUGGUCAUGGGGUUUGGUAGCCGGACCAUUCCUUUCGCUUUUCAUCGGGCUGAGAAUACUUUAUACCCCUUUGCAGAAGAAAUCAAAACGGGAGACAGGAGGGGAGUUUUAAAAAAGAUGCUAUAUCAAAACACAUUUUCUUUUUCGCACCAGUAUUCCCCCUCGCACAGCAUUUUUUUUUGUAUCCAGCGAGCGAGUUGCACGGCAUUCGACUUCCUCCCGUCUGCUCCUUAAUUCAACAUUUUUCAUUUUCCGGAAAAGUAUGAUCAUGUCCCCAGUCUUUUUCUUCCCAACUAUAAGGAGGAACCCUUUCAUGUUCGCCCUAACUUCGUUCCGCUAUUUCCGUUCUCGCACGCGCAGCAUGCGCUUUACCGGACCCGAAUCCCGGGCCCGAGAUGUACCAGUAAAUCUUACUUUCUCCUCUAUUGUUUUUCUCAUGAAGCGUUCAAAUAACAUCAGACUGGGAAGUUCCGGAGAGAAGUUUGGGGUAGUAGCAGCAGCGGCAGCCGCAUCACUUUUGACAUGCUCUCUCGAGUCGAACCGAAGACAGAUCAGGAUUACUUCACGAACCCUGUGACUCUUCAUGAGCGAUCACACAAAAUAAAAACAAACACUCAAGAUGAAUGAUGCC